AAUUGCUCCCGCAAUAUGCGUUGUCGGGCGAUAUAUGGCAUUGUGGUUGACGUUGCUAGUGAUAAUGACGAGAAUGAGGAAGCCAGUGAUUUUGAUAUAUUUUCAUUGUCUUUCAAGGUCUUACUAACAUCGUCGUUAUCAUUGGAAAACCAAUUCAAUUCGAAUGGCUGUGUUCCGAUAGAGCCUUUUGCUGCAGGUGGUGUUUGUGAUUGCAACAUGUAUAACAACAGAAUACUUCAAAGUAUUGCACUAUUGCUAUUGAUAGCUUCAACUUUUUGUGUUGCAAAAGAUUUGCCUGAGGGUUUUAAUAAAUGCAAACGAGAUUCAAGUUUUGAUAAAUGUCUUGUAGAUGCGGUAAACAAGGCAAUACAAGUAUUAAAAACCGGGAAUAAAGAAUUUGGCAUUCCACCACUGGAACCAUUGGCUGUAAAAUCACUAGUUAUAGAUGCAGGAACAGCACCAAUCAAUCUAAGGCAAACAUUGAAAAAUGUCUUAGUUAAUGAUAUGAUAUCGACAAGUAAAAUAAAAAGAUACAGAACCGAUUUGGACAAUCAUCUCAUCAUCUGUGACAGCGUAACAGACCGUAUCGAAAUGAUAGGAGAUUAUGAAAUGUCUGGCCGAAUACUAUUGUUGCCUAUUACUGGAAACGGUCGUGCAAAUAUUACACUUGUAAACUCGAAAAUCGAACAUCGUUUGAUUGGUGAGCCUUUCGAAAAGGAUGGAGUAAAGUAUAUGCGCUUGAAGGAUUAUCGCGUUUCAUUUGAUCCAAAACGUGUCUACAUGCAUUUUGAAAAUCUCUUUAAUGAUGCCACACUCUCGCAAACUAUGAAUCGUUUUCUAAACGAUAAUUGGGAAACUGUGUUUAAUGAACUAAAAACUGGCUACGCAAAGAGUUUCGGAAAAAUUUUCCGCGAAAUUUCGAAUCGUUUGUUUGAGAAAGUACCUAUGGAUUUGAUGUUUUUAAGAUAAAUAUUUAACAAAAAAUGUAUUAUAAAUAUAAAAUAAUAUUUAACUUUGUGGUUAGAUGGUUAUAUACAUAUGUACGUAUUUUGUAUCAAUAUUUUCAUUUUAAAAGAUUUUUUAUUUUUAUUUCGACUAUUAUUUAUGUUAUUUUUGUUCUCUUUGAUUAUAUAAUUAAUUAAGACAUGUAAAUUAGAUCUGUAUAUAUUUAAGUAUGUAUAUAAAGUUAUGUAUAAAAUGUUUUUAUAAGUAUUCCACUGAUAAUAAUUUAAUA